UCCGCGAAAGGGUGUGCGUUUUGAAGGUUGUAUUUAUCGCGCUAACGUCACAUUACAGGAGUACAUUGGCGGAGUGAUAACAUCAGAAGUCACUGUUGGAGCCACGCAUCCUCAUACUGACUGAGUUCAAAGAAGGUCUUGUUCUGUCGGGACAGGGUACGGCGCAUACACCCGAUGCAUGGAAUGGAGUUCAUAUAUCUCGCAUCCCCCGUAAAUGCAACGUGACAGUUCUAAACGUUUAAUUCAAGGUCAAUAUUGGACUUCGAUCAGCUGUAACAACUGACAUUAUUGAGGAUAUUUAUCUUCUUGUGGACCGGAAUUGAAUGAGCAGCAUCUUUUUACCGGUCGGCGGUGAGCAAUGACAUCUUUCACCGAAGAGGUUAACCUACGCUCUCAGUAUCUAAAACCACAAUUCGGACCAAGUUUUCAAUUAGAAAAUGUGCUAUUUAGGAGAGGAUAUGUAACUAGCUAAAUAACAUAGCACUGUAGCCGUGUCUUGAGCUCUCCAUGUCCGGUAGGAUAGCUAGCUCGUGUACCUUCGACGAUUCCUGCUUUCACAAAUGRUGUUAGCCAGCUUGCUACAGUACCUGGAACUGCUGCAUCCAUCUCAAAUAGCUAACUAAAGUUGCCUAGCUAGCCAGCCAAUUGUCGAACAUGGAUAUUUUGUGGGUCCUUUGGAAAUCCAGUUGCUAGUGAGGAAAGUGUGUUCAUUACACGCACACUUUACACGACUUCCAGCUCACUUUUUCCCCCCUAAAUUCUUUUAAGUUAUAAAAACGAAUUUCAACAUGUCUGUUCGCGUAGCUUUACACUCACCCAGUGGCUCCAGAAGUUUUCUGGAGCGGGGACUCCUACUUCUGGUGAUGUUGAUCUUUCUGGAGGGCACCGUACUGACGCUUGGAGCUGCGAGCUCACCGGACAUCGGCGCUCAGGAUAACACUGGAGGAGGACACGACCACCUCGACGACCACAGAGGGAUAGCAGGCAGCCACGACCAUACUAACUACACAUACAUAAAAAAGGCCUUCCCUGUCCUGUCUCUAGAUUACCAUCACAUACAGGUGCCCUUCGAGAUCUCUUUAUGGGUGCUGCUGGCCUCUUUAAUGAAAUUAGGAUUCCACCUGAUCCCGCGGCUGUCCAGCAUCGUGCCCGAGUCCUGUCUGCUCAUUGUGGUGGGCCUCCUUGUUGGCGGCCUCAUCAAGCUGGCGGGCGAGGAGGUACCCCCCGUGCUGGACUCCAACCUCUUCUUCCUGUGCCUCCUCCCCCCGAUCAUCCUGGAUGCGGGCUACUUCCUGCCCAUCCGGCCCUUCAUGGAGAACAUCGGCACCAUCCUGAUGUUCGCCGUGGUCGGCACCCUGUGGAACGCCUUCUUCGUAGGGGGUCUCCUCUACGCCGUGUGCCAGAUCGAGGGCACGUACCUGAGCCAGGUGGAGCUGCUGCCCUGCCUGCUGUUCGGGAGCAUCAUCUCGGCCGUGGACCCGGUGGCCGUGCUGGCUGUGUUUGAGGAGAUCCACAUCAACGAGCUGCUGCACAUUCUGGUGUUCGGAGAGUCGCUGCUCAAUGAUGCCGUCACUGUGGUCUUAUACCACCUGUUUGAGGAGUACUCUGGCGCAGGUGAGGUAACGCCGAUGGACGUGGUCCUCGGGGUCAUCUGCUUCCUGAUUGUGUCGCUGGGCGGCAUCGCCGUGGGCGCCAUCUAUGGUAUCCUGGCGGCCUUCACCUCCCGGUUCACUUCGCACACCCGCGUCAUCGAGCCCCUCUUCGUGUUCGUUUACAGCUACAUGGCUUACCUCUCGGCUGAGAUGUUCCACCUGUCUGGAAUUAUGGCGCUGAUUGCGUGUGGCGCGGUGAUGCGUCCCUACGUGGAGGCCAACAUAUCCCACAAGUCCCACACCACCGUCAAGUACUUCCUGAAGAUGUGGAGCAGCGUGAGCGAGACCCUCAUCUUCAUCUUCCUGGGCGUGGCCACGGUGGCCGGGCCGCACGCCUGGAACUGGACCUUUGUCUCUGUCACCGUCAUCCUCUGUCUGGUGUCACGUGUCAUUGGCGUGGUGGGCCUUACCUUUAUCAUCAACAAGUUCCGCAUCGUCAAGCUGACCACCAAGGACCAGUUCAUUGUGGCCUACGGUGGCCUGCGAGGGGCCAUCGCCUUCUCCCUGGGCUACCUGCUAGACAAGGACCUCUUCCCCAUGAGGACCAUGUUCCUCACCGCCAUCAUCACCGAAAUCUUCUUCACCGUGUUUGUACAGGGCAUGACUAUCAAACCCCUGGUGGACCUGUUGGCCGUGAAGAAGAAGCAGGAGGCCAAACGCUCCAUCAAUGAGGAGAUCCACACCCAGUUCCUGGACCAUCUGCUGACUGGCAUUGAGGACAUCUGUGGACACUACGGCCAUCACCACUGGAAAGACAAGCUAAACCGCUUCAACAAGAAGUACAUAAAGAAGUGCCUGAUAGCGGGCGAGCGCUACAAGGAGCCGCAGCUCAUCGCCUUCUACCACAAGAUGGAGUUCAAGCAGGCCAUCGAGCUGGUGGAGAGCGGCGGGGGCGUCAAGCUGCCCUCUGCUGUGCCCUCGCAGGUCUCCAUGCAGAACAUCCAGCCCAAGAAGCUGCCGCCUCCUGUAGCAGAGCGGGCCCUGCCUCAGUUCACCAAGGGCCGUGAGGAGGAGAUCAGGAAGAUCCUCAGGAGUAACCUGCAGAAGACCCGCCAGAGGCUGCGCUCCUACAACAGACACACUCUGGUGGCCGAUCCCUUCGAGGACGGAUGGAACGACUUCGUCCUGAAGAAGCAGAGGUUGAUCGAGCUAGAGAAGAAGAUGACAGAGAUGAGUAACUACCUCACAGUCCCUGGCGCAAUUCCUGACUCCCCCACCAUGUGCAGAGCCAGACUGGCCUCAGACCCCAACGCCUUCUACAACAUCAAGGCGUCUUCAUACGGCGUCCCCACCAUCCAGGUGGACCUAGCCUCCCCCCAGUCCCCGGACUCUGUCAACAUGCUGAACGAGUUCUCUAAGGAGGGUGCCACAGGCCAGGGUCUGGGUCAGAGGGAGGGGGCCGACCGGGAUGAGGACCAAGGCCUGAUGAUGAAGCUGGCCGGGAAAGGGGAGAAGGGAGAGGAAGAGGGGGGGAACAAGAACCCAGGGCUGAUGAGGUGUCUGAGUGACCCGGGCCCUAGUAAUGAGGACGAGGAGGAUGAACCAUUCCUUCCCUAAAAAAACAACUAGCUCCUCCCAUUGUGAGGAAUAGGGAGGGGCCUGGUUGCAGCAGCUCCUCCCCCUGAGCGGGGGAAAGGUCCACCUCCUCUCACUCCACCACCACCUCAUUUGAGUUUGCUAUCCCAUUGGUUGAGGAACCAAUAAAGCCAAAACUGUUAAGAAAGGACUUAGGACAUAACUUGAUUUAUGAACCAAAAUAGAAAAGGAGACUAAAUAGCCAUCUUUUUUCAAUAGUUGUCAUUGCUCUUUUUUCAUUUUUUAAGUGAUAGGAAGACAGUCGCCACCUUGGGUGAUCUUGGGCUUGGUGGGAAUUAGCCCGAGAGACGGGGGAACAUAAUUAUGCGUUACCAAAGGUUUGGACUAGUUUAGUCACAGACAAUGUUCCACAUUUUGUUUUCAUAACGUUUACGAUCAUUCUUCUACUUUCAAGAAAAGUUAGCCUCGUUUUUUUUGUCAGACACUUCGAGUAAACCCCUUUUCACUAGGUGCAUUGUAUCACACAAUUAACCUCUUAACUGCAUGUUUUUAAUUUCAGGGUUGAUAUGAGGCUGUUUAUGUGGUUGUCUUUUGUCAUCGUUUGUCAUUCAGUUGGUCAGGGUUCUACUCGGUGCUGUACACUGGAUGUACUUCACGCUGAAUGUAAUGUUUUCACUGUGCUAAACUCGAUGGACCUCUUUCUUCACCACCUCGCCUAUGGAUACCCUAAGGCUAAGGAAUGUGUCAAGCGCAGACUUGGAAAUGUUGAGAUGCAAACCCGGCGUCGCCGUUUCAAGCGUCGCCUCUCUAUUUGAAUCGAACAUACAACAUCGGCAGCGUCGCUGAGACGUGUAUGCUGCGCAGUAUAAGAUAAUUGACGUAAAAGAAGGAUUGUGAUGCAGCACCAAGAGAUUUGUUGAUCUUGAAUGGACUUAACUCCCCUAUAUAAGCCGAUCCCUAAAAUCACACCAAAUACUGUUAUCCUCCUGACACACCCAGCCAAAAAAACUAUUGAGUUAAAAUAAUUUACAAAGACACAUUUGUAUGUGCACUGUAGUGGACCUAAAGAAACAGUUGAUAGUAAAUAUGAAACAUGUAUAUUACAUUAAAUGGGUACAGUAGGUAAACAUAGUUGUCACAUCCUGAUGUCUACUACAGAGGGCAUUUAUAAACAAGCUCUUAUUUAAUGUGAAAAAAUGAUUACACUGCUCUGAAAACCCUCCACAUUAUUUCUAAGAUAUUUACUAGAAGGAAUUUGAAUAUCAAACUCACAAAAAUUAUAAUUACACAAAUACACACACUUACCUUCUUACCACAACAUAUGCUAAUUGUGUUGGCAGCCAUUUUGAAAUCCAUAAAGAGAAAGUUAUCCAGGUCACACCCCCACUCAUGAUAUCAUUGAAAAAGCCAGAAUGUUCUACAACGGGACUUAACACAGUGGCAUGUCAAAGAGAGUGGACAAAAAUGAAUUGUUGGGUCUCAGGAGGAUAUGUUACAAGUUCCCUUUAAGAAAAUGCUCUAGUAUGGGCCAUUUCAGAACCAUUUUGUGAUGUUUUCUCCAUAUUCUCUUGUCGGAAGUCGCAUCUUACAAUUCAUCUUACGGGUCUGAUCUAUUGUUCUUUUCUCUCUUGCACCUUAUUCACAUCAAGAAUUUUGACAUUUUUAAAAGACUUUGUUGCCAGUUUUUAACGUUCCCCAUUAGUUUUUUAGCACUCCCCUUUUGAAAAUCUAGUGUUCCAUAGGCAUUUGGAGUUUUAGGCAUCACUGUAAAGGAUAUGAGGUGUGGGUGGACUGAACGGAUCUUUAUCGUCUAACCACCUCAAUGGCCCAGAAUAUAUAUUUACGCGUCCACCGUCACAUGUAUGUUGAUUUUGUCAAUCCACAACAGACACAAUCAUGACACGCAGGUUAAAAUAUCAAAACCAACUAUGUUAAUUUGGGACAGGUCGAAACAUUCAUAGACAUUUAGCUGUUGCUAGCUAGUUUGUCCUAGGAGAUGGACAUUGGGUUGUUAUUUUACCUGACAUGCAUACGGUCCUAUUAUUAGCUGGUUCUUUAUAGAAUUUUGACCUGGAGUCAUACAAAAUCGUGCUUCUCUACUCCGACGAUUAAUCCACAGGUAAAAAGAGAAACCUAGUUAGUUUUUAGUUCGUUAACUUUAGUUCAUCUCUCCUCGUUUGUCUUUCUAGCUUUCGCGUGGGUUUGUAUCUUCCUGAUAUCCAAUGAGGGGGCUUGCAGUGCGACUAAUGGAGCCAAGUUCUAUUUUAGCGCUUGGCUACGCAGACGCUUGGUCACAUGCGCGAGCACCAAAUUUCCGAUGAGGUUUGCAUGCUAUUUAUAAUGCUGGCCUGGAGAUACAGGCAUGGGCAAAAAUAGCAAUUCAAUGCAGUAUAUUGGUGUAAAAUGUGUAUAGCGAUAUAUUGAUUAUAACCAUUUCAUUGAACGAUGCCCUUUAAAGCAAAUGCCAUGAUGUAAUCUUGUCAAUGCAAACGAAGAGGUCAUCGCUCCUCUGCUAACACUGAGGUCUAUAACCAUCACGGACAGUGCGCUAACUAGUUGUAGGCAAAUUCACAUCCGAACGCAAGAGCCAACACCUAUUCUGCUCGCACAACAGCGUAAGGCUAAUCUAGGGUUUGUAUAAAACUAUGAAAACCUUGUCAGGUACAAUAUAUGGUUGUAUUAUGUAUACAGUACAUUGCUUCUCUUUUCUACACAAAGCCUUAGGAUCAAUAGGAACAAUUGAAUCAUUAAUUUGAUUUUGAUUUGAAAAGGCUGUUAGCUAUAUUGUCAAUGUGAUUACUGUUGUUCAUCGAUCUGAACAUCUCAACGGGACAUUCAACCACUUUUAGGUGCAUUGAUUCAAUAGCGUAGCAACCCCUCAUCCCACCUACUGUAUAACCAUCUUAGAUUUGUAACAUGAGUGACAACUUUAGCUGGAGUCUGUAACUGUCUCAACUAGAGAAGCCUAAGAUGUCCAAGACCGUGGCCUAGUUUGCUGGCUGUCACCUUGGUGUUAGAAUGACCCAUGUCCCUCUCUGACCUCUGUGUGCUAUCACUUUACGCCCAGAGAGCGAGAGAGAGGUCUCGUUACAGCUUAGGGGAGGAGGGAGGAGAGAGCGAGGUCUCCUUACAGCUUA